CAUCUUUAAGAGCCAGAGAUGUCUCAUAAUUGAGAGUGUGAGCAGUCAAGAUACUACUAGAGAGGGACAUCUCUGGAUUUCAGUGCUUCCCACCUUACCUGCAUUAAGGAUGUCCCUGUAUGGCAGUUUUCUAUCUGAAGAGCAGUUCCAGUGCUCCAUAUGCCUUGAUGUGUUUACCAACCCUUCAUCCACGCCAUGUGGCCAUAGCUUCUGCAUGCGCUGCAUCAGCAGAUACUGGGAUGAAGCUAAGGUUUUCCGGUGUCCUCUGUGUAAGAAGACCUUUGAGAAGCGACCGGAUCUCCAGAUCAACAGGACACUACGAGAGAUCACAGACCAGUUCAAAUCCAUGAAAAGUGGAGAUGGAGCGGUAAAGAAGAAGAGUGGAGGAAAGGGGAGUGAUGGCAAGGGUAGCCCAUCUAGUCAUUUAUUUGAUGAACUGAAGAGAAAGCUGCAUCGCCCUGUGACAAAGACCCACCAAGCUCAUUCUCGGAGCUUGGAAAGUGAUUCCUUCUCAGCAUCGUUUUCACUGGCCAAAAACUCGCAAGCUUCCUCUGUGCCAAAUGACAGCAUGACCGAUGCCCUGAACCACACCAAUGGUGCUCCAGCUUUCCACCGUUCACAUACCCGGAGGAGGUUCACUCUGAGUGCUGCUGAGAUGAGCCAGAAUGUCCCUCUUUGUGAAAUUCACAACAGCCCAAUACUGAUUUACUGUAGGAGUGACCAGGUGUGUAUUUGUCCUGAAUGUGAGAUGGAGGACCAUCCAGAUCACGACACAGUGACUGUCGAAACCGAAUGGAUGGAAACCAAGAUGCUGCUAACCAUGUCAGAGCAGAAGAUCCAGGACAUGAUCAGAGAAAGAAUCAGCAAGAUUGAAAAGAUCAAGAUGUCAGUGACGGACCUGGAGCUGGCAGUGGAUCGAGAGACCGCAGGCAGCAUGUGUCUACUCUCGAGUCUGGUUUCUUCUAUUGAACGUUCCCAGGCAGAGCUGCUGGAGGUGAUGGAGAUCAGCCGGAGGGCAGCACAGCGACAGGCUGAAUCCAUGACACGGCAGCUAGAGCAGGAGAUUGAGGAACUGAGGAGGAGAGAAAACGAGCUUACCAAGCUCGCUCAAUCGGAUGACCAUGUACACUGUGUGAAGACAUUCCCAAUCCUUGCCAGUCCUCCGCCUACCAGAAACUGGUCUACAGUGUCGGUGAACACUGACCUGGGGACAGAGUCCAUUUACAAGUCUCUAGCAGCUCAGGUGGAGAAGUUUUAUGAAGAGCUGAAGAAUAUUGCAGAAAAAGGUUUUCUUGCCAUAGCACUGGAUCACAGUCCUGCCCGAACACAGCCCAUGUUAAAGAGGCUACAGGAGUAUGCAUUGGAUGUAACUCUGGACUCCAAUACCUCUCAUCCAAGACUGGUGCUGUCACAGGACCUGAAGAGUGUGAGGUGUGGAGAACGAUAUCAGCUGGUUUCAGACAACCCAGAGAGGUUUGAUAAAGUUGUGUGUGUCAUGGGGAGGGAGGCGAUCUCUUCUGGGAAGCAUUAUUGGGAGGUUGACGUGUGCGGGAAGACGGACUGGGACCUUGGUGUGGUGAGGUAUUCAGUCAACAGGAAGGGGAAGAUUGAAUACACCCCGGACAACGGAUUCUGGUUCCUUAGUUUAAGAGACAAGAGUAAGUACGCCUUUCGCAGUCAGCCCUACACAGAUGUCCAAAUGAACCUUCAGCCUCAAAAGAUUGGGAUAUUUGUGGACUUUGAAAAUGGACAGGUGUCUUUCUACAACGUUGAUGCUAAGAUCCACAUCUACACUUUCACUGACAUUUUCAGUGAGACCAUCUACCCAUUCUUCAGCCCCUGCACCAGCAAGUCAGGAAGGAACGAUUUACCGCUGAUCAUCACGCCAGUGAAAGUGACAGAGUGACAGCUGAACACAUGGAAGCUAUGUAACACUGUAUUUCUUCCUUUUUGCUUUAUUUUCCUGUCUGCACUUAGUUGCGCUGUACAAACGCAGAAACCUGGUCAGGAUUUUGUAUUUAUGCCUAUCGAUAAAAAUUCACGAGUGGCUUCUUUAACCUUGCUGGUGGCAGAUUGUGAAUAGUUUAUCAUGGAGAAAAAAAAAAGUUUUUAUGUAUUUCAAAUUUGAUCAUCUAUUAAAGCAUCUCUUACA